CAAACAGAAUAUUUUGAAUAAUAACAAUAAAAACUUCAUUCAAAUGGCCACCAGUGUGACGUGGAGGUUGAAACGUUAUGGACGACUUAUUCCAGGCUCCGGUGAAACCGCCAAGAGAGAAUCCUGGAAGAUAUUUGAAGCAAAGAAGAAUGAGCCUGAAAUUAUCGGAACGAUCUUGGACUCUGGAUAUUUGAUGGUCUUGCAGGGACAGGAAUGCUUGGAGACGAUUCCGUUGAUUGGUGCCGGCGAUGUUCUCAAAGUCCACCAGAAAUCAGACAACCUGCUGCUUCGCAAUACUGUAAAGGGAUCAGGCCGCGUGAUCAGGAUGCAGUUUGAUGGCAGUAACAAGGCGCAGGCCAUCAAAGAGUGCUCGAGUGCCGCAGAAAGUCUCCGGGAGUAUCUGCCUGUCAACACUGUCGACGCCCUGCCGCCAAAUAAUCAGCCCCCCACUGAAGUCCCUGCGCUGGUGACACAGCCGUGUCCACAGCAAGGUGAGGCGGCCAAAGCCGAACCAGAGGUUGUCCAGGGAUCGCUGUCCAUCAAGCGUCUUGCCCAGAACCUCUUGGGAGAAAAGCCUCUGAUGCUGCCUGGGCUGUACCGUCACGGGUCUUCAGAACCUGGAGACCUGGACGCCUUCGUACGCAUUUGUCUGCUGGAUCCCAGCUUUCCUGCUUUGGUGGAGCAGGUGGAGGGCGAGCUGAGGAAAAUACUUGAAGAAUGAAUCAUCAUUGACAACUGAAGGGAGAGAAGAGGUCAUGCCAGCGCUGCGCUUUUGUGUUUGUUUGCUGUUUUUCCCACGCCGUUCGCUACGUAGGCGUGCACUUUGCGCUGCCAAUGUCGACAGUGUUGUGGUCGUGCGUUAGCACUUAGGACAUUUCAGAUUGUUGAUUAACACAGCUUUAACAAAACUUAAGUUCAUUUUUGAAUUUUUUUAUUCAGAAAAAAAUAUUGGUCUUAUUCAUAUGUUUGAUCGUGGCUAUAUACUCUGGUCCCUCUGUUCUCACAUCAACGCAGGUCCGUUUUCCACCGCAACACACAUCAUCAGUACAUUGUAUUGAAAGGAGGAGUCAUGCAGCUACAGCAGUAAAUGUCGCUAUGCCAGCUUCCAAGGGAUCCCAUGAUAUUAAAGCUUGACUGAUUAAAACAAACUGCCCUCCAUUUAAUCUAUUCAAGAAUACAUUUUGCAUAGGAUUAUAGCCAUGCUAUACAGUCAAAAAAAAUACAAGAUAAAAAUUAUUAAUUAAAUUAGGAAAUGUUAAAAAAAAUAUCUUUUUUUUUUUUACAGAUUUCCUAUCAUUUGAACACUCAUACUGCAACAUAUACAAGACAAUCUAAGUUACUCUCAAAAGGAAAUUAAAGUAAUACAUAUACCAUUGAUAUUUAGUUAGUUAAACACACAUUAUUCAUUAUCUGUUUUCACUCGCCAUUACAUUUUGAAUACUGCCAGUCACUGAAGCCCUUGCUUCACAAUAAAAGUUCAAUUAAAAAUGGACUUGUCGUCACAAAAUCAAACAUCAAAUGACCAUGAUAUGCUGUACAAAUGUUCAAGAGGAAUAUAUAUAUAUAUAUCUCAGGAUGACUAUAAAAAACCUUUUGGGAUGCAAAACAAAAGCCACACGAGGGAUAACAACAGAAGAUGUCUAUUCUGAGUACCCUAUUGCGUAAUUAUUUUGCAUGCAUUUACAUGAUAUGUCAUACAAAAGGAAAGUGGGGGUCAGCUCAUCUCAGGGCCAUGAUUGAAAUAAUUUAAGGAGACAUCAACAUCACAUCAGGAAAAAAAAAAUUGUGUACACCUCUUAGGUGAUAUGUAGUCACUAUUCGUCAUCCUGACCUCUCCAAGCGACAAGGCAUGCUUUAAGACUCCCACCUCCGCUUGCUCUUUGUUGCCAGUGUUAUGCUGAUAUUGUUUCUUGUAAAAAGAGACAAGAUAUGCUUUUAUUCAUUUUUUUCUCCCUCAAGAUAGCCUGCAACUCAGAUGCCACUGUGUAGCCAAAAAACUGCAGUUUUACCAUCUUAUCUGUGAAGAGAAAAUAAAGAGAAGGCAUGACCACGGAUAAUCCUUGGCAGCGCGUUCUAUAUUUAGCACCCGC